AGCUAUCAGCAUGAUGAGACGGGAAAUUCUGGUCCCACUGAACCUGCUCGACUUCCUAUAGAAAAAUCAUCUAGCAGUUAGUCUAUCAGGUUAAAGAAGAGGGAAAAGAUGAUUUUCUGGAAAUCUGCUCUUCUAUCGAUCGCAGUGCUUUCGAACACAGCGAAGGCCCAACUUCCCCACAAGGUUAUCGAGAUGAAGGAUUCUCUUUUUCACGAAAUACAAUCGUUGGCAGAGGUGAUUCCCGAGAAUCGUUUUCCACAUGCCAACACCCGUGAAAGCAAUGUCGAGGUACAUCGUUUGUUGGAUGAAUUUCUUUUCCUCAACCAGGAGAGCAUUGGUUCAGUGCUACAUGUGCUCAAGCUCGUAGAUCACAAUAUGGAAAACGUGAUUCAGGAUUGCGAGCGAGUGCUCAACAUGUGUUCGCUGGAAAGCACUAACGUGGUGUUCAAUCAUGUGACCAAACCGCUUCUUCUGAAGGUUAGGGAUCUCUGUGAAUUGGUCGCAACCAACCGAGCGGACGAAAUUGAAAUAAGCUUGGAGACAAUAGAGCGUGAAGCUGCAACUUAUCGACGGACGUUGGAUCAAACGCUAAAGGAUAUCUCGUUGGUCUCUGGUCAUCUUGAAAGCGACUUCUUUCAGGCAAACGCGCAACAGAGAGAAGACCUUAUCUUGGGUAAUUUGCAACAGGUGAAUCAGACAUUGUCAAAAGAGGUGGAUCAAUAUUUCACCAACUUUUCAACUAACUGGAUUGGAAAAUAUAAAAAUCUUACAAUGUUGAUCCCGGAGGGCCUCUCAAGGGAUCAGCCGGAGAUAAAUGCUUUGUAUGAUUUCAUGGAGUUCUUGGACAACGAAACCAGUGUUCUCCAGGAUGACCUUGUCGAGUUUAUGGACUACUGGAGCUACCUGGUAGAGGAAACGCUGGAAUCGGUAACAAAUGGGACGGAGUUAAUUGUGGAUUUUCUGAGGGAUUAUCCUCUCGAAGAACUGUUGAGCGGUAAAACACCUUUAAACUGUGUAGCAUUAUACUACUCAAACUUUGAGCACAUUAUAUUAAACAUGUUGAAUGAAUUCUAUCGUUGCGUGGAAUAUGAACUCGAGAUGACUAAAGCUUUCGGUCAAAUAACAUCCGUGCUGGACCCGACCGAUAAGGCGAUCAACUUUAUGUUAGAUAGCUACAUAACAUGUGCCAAGCUUACUGGACACUUUGGGGACGAUUUUGGUCUUGCUGAUUGUUUGGAGGAUCUUGGCGAAUUACUCGACCAAACAAGAGAAUUCGUGGAACACAAGACAAGCGAGAUUUACUACCACGUGGAAGAUGCAAUGAUUUUCAACGGUGUGAUAAUGGGAGCUUGCGUUCACAUGAAAGCGCGGGACACAGCCCUGCAGAUUGCUGGUAAAAUGCAAAGUUUUGACAAUUGUAGCAAGAGUUACAAGAAGGCGUCUGUUUAGACAUAUGUUGUAAGAAAUCCUAGAAAAACUACUGAUUGUAUAUAGAUAUGAAGAAUAGUAUAUUAGUUUACAACUUAUCAAUCGAAAUUAACAAAAUCUUGAUGGCAAAACACAAAAAAAAAUCGGAUCUUGUUAGAGGGAAAUUAUGCGUUUUAUUUUUUACUAUUUAAUGCAUCGGAUAAACAUUACUGGGCCUUUUGCUUAUCGUUGUUUAAACCUGGCUUCUUACCAUAGCCAUUGC